ACAAACGCUAAGCGGAGUAAUAGAGGAUAAAUGAUAAAGAGGCGCAGUGGACCGGUAGUUUAAAAAACCUGAAAAAACUUUGAACAGCACACCGCUAGAAAAUAAUCUAGACAGGGGAGAGAUUACAUCUUUAAACCUUUAAAAACACUUAUAAGUUUUAUUUAAAGAAACCGGGGGUUCAGCGCCAUGACAUUUUUUGUAUUUCCUCGAGUGCCUUUUCUCUGUCUCCUCAUUUUUCUGAACGUCUCAUCAGCUUCAAAGGCGAACAUUUCCCGGGGGCGAGUCUUUCCUCUGUUUGACGGUAAACUUUUGGACGAGCAUAAGGAGCAGAUCCAGAGUUACAGCUUUACACUAGUGGUUCCUCUUCUCUGCCUCUUUGCCUUUUUGAUUGGAUUUCCGACAAACAUGUUGGCCCUCUGGGUGCUGCUCUUGCGAACCAAGAAGCUCCCAUCUACCAUUUUGCUGAUCAACCUCACCAUCUGCGAUCUUCUGCUACUGCUGGUGCUCCCGUUCCGUAUCGUCUACCAUUUCCUGGGCAACAACUGGACAUUUGGAGAAGCAUUCUGUCGUGUUGUAAUUGGGUUCCUUUAUGGAAACAUGUAUGGCUCAGUGGUUUGUCUGGCACUGAUUGCCAUGGACCGCUACGUAGCUCUCGUUCACCCUUUCGGUGCCAAGACGCUUCGAAGUAACAAGAAUUCUGUCUGUAUGAGUGUUGUAGUUUGGAUAGUGGUUUUAGUUGCUGUUGUGCCCUUGUUAGCCUCACAACAGGCCUAUACGAUAAACAACUCUUCUAUAACAACCUGCCAUGAUGCACUACCUAUAGAACAGCAGAAAAACUACUUCCUGCCGUACUUUGCUACUCUUUUCUCCCUCUGCUUCCUGCUUCCACUGCUGGUUGUGCUGUUCUGCUAUUCUGCAGUGUUACACACCCUUAUGGCUGAAGGGCAGCGUUUUGCUCAUGCGAUUAUAGUGACUGCCCUGAUGUUAAUGGUUUUUGUGGUGUUCUUGUUACCAAGUAACAUUCUCCUGCUUUUGCAUUACGCCACAUCAAACUUUAACCUUUAUGUUCCUUACCAGAUCGCUUUGUCUUUCAGCACCUUCAACAGCUGCAUCGAUCCUUUCAUCUUUUAUUAUGUGUCUAAGGAUUUCAGAAAGAAGUUAUGGCAGGCUCUCAGAUGUUCUGGGUCUGAUUCAGAGUCCUCCUCGGUAUCUAGGACAAAGAUGACCUUGUUAUCAAAGAUGAGCAGGACUGAAGGAGCAGCUUGAUCAUGAGGUUAGCAUGACAGGCAUGCAAAUCAGGGGAUAUUAUACAACACAAAAAAUGUUAGGGCGUAUUGAACGAUUGAACUACUAAUAUAGAUUCUGUCUCUGUCUACCCAUUUGUCAGUCUGCCUAUCCGUGUAUAUAACUUAAAAUUAGUUUCAUUUGCACAGGAAAAUCUGGCAGGAAAAGAUACUAAUUCAUUUCCUCCUUAUUUCCUUUAGUCAUUAGUGAUACAGGAGACAAAUAGAUAUAUUUAUAAACAUUUAAAAAGGCAAGGCAACAUGCAACAGUAGUCAAGCUUUCAGGCUUUUUGCAUUAUGGCUCAAUACAUGUUGGCAUCUAAAAUCUGAAUGUGUUGAAUGUAGGGGUUUAACAGUACACAGAUGUCACGGUUCGAUAUGGUUUCGGUACAACAGGAAGAAAAACAACAAAUCUACUAUGCUUGCUAUGCUAAGUUUCUUUUCAUUUAUUUUGAACAGACAGUACAAACGUAGCCUAUAAGUGCUGAGUUUCAGUUCUGUGACAGAAUAGAAACUCAAAUGGCAGAAAGUGAUAUCAUAUUUGUUUUCUUUAAUGUACAAAAGACCUUUUACAAUGAUGCAUUAUUAUUAAGACAAUACAUGACAGAGUUUUAAGUUGAUUUUGCUGGUACAAGGAAACAGCUGAAGUAAACGCGCCGGCGCACACACACAAAACAUAUCAGUUCCAGGCUUCCAGCAUUGCUAACUUGAUUGUUUCAUCGUUGGAACGCCACUGAAGUACAAAGCCUAUAAUUUACAUACUAAAUAAUAGUUUUGCAUCGCAAAUAUGGAAAUAUUAUGGAAUAUUUGGAUUUGUGCCGAAUGAGAUAGGUAGGAUACAUGAGCACAAAGCUCCAUUUCGCAAACAGUUGAAUACGCAAGAGAGACGAGUUCAGAAUCAGCACAUGAUCACUGUCUAGUGGACUUUAUUUUCAAGUGCACAAUGGCAUGGACUACUUGCACAACUACUUCCGCGUUCUACUUGUUUCGGCUCGGGAGUUUCCGGUUAGCGUUCAGCUCACCUACAUACAGACAGUUUCUAAUGAGGACGCAGAUUAUUACUACAAUUUAGGGCUGCCAUUUCUUUAAAAAAACAAUUUAUCAUAUUUUCUGCGUUAACAUGAAUCAUAUUCAACCUGCUGAAAGGUUACUAUAAUAGUAAAGGUUACUAUUUCCCCACUAACCCAUUCUCAUGAACAGCAUUUUUCUUUUAUUGAUCAUAAUUCAUACCUGAUGAAUGUACAGUUUUAAUUGAGUUUGAAUGAUAAACAUCUUUACGAAAAUUAACCAUAGUUUUACUAUAGUAAAAGUGGCAUGUUUUUCCAUUUGUAUUCAACACUUUUUCUACAAAUAACCUACCAUCGUUAAACUAUGGACAUUGUAGUAAAACCCUAGUUAAUUUGUUGUUAUAUGAUUUAACUUCAAUUGCAAUUUUUGGUUUUAUUUAAAAAGAAAGCCAAACCAUGGCUAAUUUGUUUGUGUGCAUUGGUGCUCUUUUUCCGAGCCCAUUCUGCUUAUUCCAUUGUUUAAAAUGGCUGAAUGAAUGUGAGGUAACUGCCUUAUUUAACAAUGUUAAACAUUUAAAUAAUUUAUAACAAUAACAUGUUGACAGUGUGACUAUUGAAUACUCAUAUUUUGGCAUUAGACUACAUACAGUCAAAUGAUGACAGAAUAUGACACAGAAUAGUGACUAAAAUAUUUAAUACAGAUAAAUAAAUAAUUUCAUUAUGAUCUUAUUCAUCAGAUCUCACAAACUGCAGCGUCACGAUUAGGCCACUAUAGAGCACUGACCCUGUGGUGAACAAUCUUUCUCAGAUCGGUUUAUGUUGGAUUAAAACUUUACAUUCCCUUGAGUUUGGAAAAUUCUGUACUGAGUAUUCAUCAGAAUAUGUCUUCUCCUGUCUCUGAAAUUUCCAAAUUUGAAAUCAUCCCUCGAAAUCUCAUUUUAUUAGGCGUUUAAGUCAACUAGAUGAUUACAGCACACUGAAAAUGUACAUAACCGGAAAUAACAGAGCCGUACGGUUUCAAAACGGAAGUGCGUCACGAGGCUCAGUGCAAGUAGUCCAUUCGCUGUUCUUCUGCUGGCGGUUAUCAAUCAGCGUUGCAUUACUGCGGGUGCCCCCCCUUUGAAUGGCUUGUAUUCGUUGUAAGGCCUCAUGCACCGAACCGAGAUGUCUGUACCGUGACGGUUCUGUAAAAAUACAUGUAUCGUUACACCCCUAGUUGAAUGCUGUUUUCAACGAUACACAAGAUGACUCAGAUGUCUCAGUGGCCUAAAGUUGACUGCUAGAUUAAUACUGGUCUUCAUGUAGUGAUCCAACAAAACCCAAAAAACUCUGUUUGUAGUGUGAGUACGAACUAGCGUUAGAGCUUCUGUCUUAAAUUUCCUUAUUAUUAUAUUAUAUUAUAGUACACAAUAAUGAAGGAUGCGACUGUUGAUAUAAAAAUGUGGAAUAUCCAAUUAAUUUAAUUGAACUGUGAACUAAAAUCUGAGAUCGAACAAUGGAUGGUAAAAUGUAAUGUACAUUUCAGCCAUGUAAUAUACAGUAUAGUGGAAAUGUGUAUCGUAUUAAUUAUUGGGCCUUUUUUGAGCCUGUUCUUGCAAUAGAAGCAUGUAUGAAAAAUAAUCUUUGUGUAUGUGAAUGAGUGUAAGUAUUAAGUACUGAACCAUAUCAAAUCCACAAUGUCUAUCUCUUAUGUCAAGAACUGAUGAUUGCUUUUUUAAUUGCUUGUUGUUAAUUUUAAUAUUAGCUCUGUACAUGACAAUCAAAUAUAUAGUAUAUUUGAACAGUAUGUUGUUUAAUAAUGUAAAAGCUGACAAAUGUAUUUUUGUAAGAUGAUUUGCUUGAAAAGUAUUCCUCUCUUCCAUUACAUCUACUUGGCAAAAUUAAAAUUUAAUGUACUGACUACACAAUAUUUU